CUUAACCCCCCUUCCCAUCCCAUCCCAGCCCUACAUCUAUUUGUCUUGCCUUACAAUCUCUUAUUAUUACAUAUUUGCCUACCCUCUACCCUACCCUACCUUACUCUGCUCUCCCCUAUCUUCCUUGAGCUAACCCCCCCACUAUCGUCCUCUGUAAACAACUUGCCACACCACCCCACGACCACCUCAGUCUGACAAUCAUCUUAUUAGCCCAGUCAUCUCAUCAAGCCGCACUCCCCUUACUUAACAACCAAAUACCUCCCACCUGAUCUCCUUGUUCCUUCGUCCGUUCGUUUCUGGUCACUCCUUUCUAACACAACCACAUCUGCUACUCGCCAUGCCGGGAAAGCAGCCGAAUCUUUUCGUCUUUAACGACGUCCAAGCUCUCGCGCCCGCCCUGCGCUCCUACAUAAUCACAUGCCAACAUGCCGGCCUCACCCGCCAUGGCGUCUUCAAGGUUGCCGUCUCCGGCGGCUCCCUGCCCAAGAAUCUCGCGAACGCGCUCCUCGCCAAUCCAAGAUCUCCGGAGGAUGUGAUCCAAUUCGGCAAGUGGGAGAUAUUCUUCGCCGAUGAGAGAGCUGUGCCCUUAGACGACCCGGAUAGCAACUACGGCCAGAUCAAGAAGGAGAUAUUAGAUCACAUCCCCCCCGAAUUCGGCCAGCCUAUUGUGCACCCUAUCGACACUCAAUACCUGGAUGACACUCAAGAACUCGCCGACCAGUACGAAAAGGCUCUCGUCAACUCCUUUGCCAAGGGCGACUCCGUCAAGCUACCCAUAUUCGACCUACUUCUCCUCGGUACCGGUCCGGACGGUCAUACCUGCAGUCUGUUCCCCGGCCAUCCGCUCCUUCGCGAGACCGACGCCUGGGUGGCACCCAUCGAGGACUCGCCCAAGCCGCCGUCCCGGCGCAUCACGCUGACCCUCCCCGUCAUCACACAUUCGGUCAGGGUCGCGUUCGUCGCCACGGACGGCGCAAAGCGGGAGAUUUUGAAGGAGAUCUUCGAGAGAGGCAACGGCCUACCGUGCGCGCUCGUCAACGAAGCGACGGGCGAGAGAUGCAGUUGGUUCACUAGUGCUGCCGCUGUCGAAGGCAUCAGUUUCCCUCGGCGAGGAUUCCUGUAAGGGCGAGUCGUGGUCGCAUAGAGGUCGAACAGCGUCCCGGUGAUGCGGCUAGACUCUUCGGUGUGGGGAAAGAAGGAUAGAGAAAACGAGAGAAGAUCCACAAGCUAAUUACUGAGUGGAUCUCGCACAACAAAUUCUGAUGGCAUGUCAUUCAACCCAGAGGAGGUCGAUAAAAUCGCAUCAAUGCGCGUAGGGCGCGCGUGGCUAAUGCAUCACCGUACACACGCGCACGCGCGCAUAUGUGUGCAUACGGUGUGCUGUGGCCUCUGAAGUAGGAAUCGGAUAUCGGAUACGAAUUCUCCUUUUUAGACAAAUACCUAACAUACCCCCUUCCCCGGACCCAUUCACAAAAAGCUGGUCUUCUGGAACAAGAAUGUGGAACUAAUCCACGCUUUAGACAGGCUCAUAUCUCUUUCCCAAAUCACCUUCAUUCAUAUGAGUUCUUCCUCAAUACCGGGCUUGACCCAAGUUUGGCGUGUACAGGUACUAUUCUCGGGCCUUUCUCCUAGCUUCUAUCCUGUUAGGUCUAGCAUUUCCUAGCUAUCUAGGUAGUUACGCAGGCUUCAGGUACGGUAUUUUACAAGUGCAAGAAUAAAAAAAAAGGUGCAAUAAUAACCUAACCAGACAUAGAGUGAUGUUGUGAAGCGAGCUUCGAAAUCCAUACCUAGGUAUCUAUGAAAUUUCCUCGU